AUGGUGGACGCGUCGUACGAAACGUGCCUCGUCCACUUGACGCACUCGCUGAGGUGGAGAGAGGCGCUGGGACUCCUCUACCACAUCAGGGCCCUCGGGAUCACGCCCAACGUCAAGAGCGUGUCUGCGGCGUUGAACGCCUGCGGCCAGGCAGGGCAGUGGCAGAGGUGCCUGGAGCUGCUCGGCGAGGCCCGGGAGUGGGGCACCGAGCUAAACGAGGUGAGCUACAACACGGCCAUCUCCGCCUGCGCUCGGCGCGACCGCUUCGAGGAGGCGCUGCGCCUGCUGCGGGACAUGCCCUCGGUCGGCCUCGUGCCCGACGGCUGGAGCUACGGCGCUACCCUCGGCGCGUGCGCCGGCACCGGGCAGGCCUCCACGGCGCUGCGGCUCCUGCGCGAGAUGGAGGAGCGCGGCAUCGAGGCGACGGCGUCGAACUACAAGCACGCCCUGUACGCCUGCUGCGACUCCAAGACCGGGGAGAACUGGGAGGCGGCCGCGGCGCUCCUGCGGCGGUCGGAGACCCUGCGGAACAACUUCUUCUACGGGAGGGUGAUCAUGGCUUGUAGGCGGGCUGGGCAGUGGCAGAAGGCCCUGGAAGUGCUGAGGGAAAUGUCCCGGGUGGGCUUAGCUCCGGACAUCUUCUGCUACGACACCGUCAUCUCCGUCGCCUGCAUGAGCAGUGUCGGCGCUCAGUGGAAGAUCGCUAGGGACCUCCUGAGAGAGCAGGCCAAGACGGGCGUCCCGUGCAGCCUUAUCUCUUACAACCUCGUGCUCUCCGCCUGCAAGAAGGCCGGCAGGCCAAGGCAGGCGGUCUCCCUGCUCCGCGCGAUGAGGGGGCACGGCUGCAGCCCGGACGUGAUCAGCUACAACACCGCCAUCUCCGCCUGCGUCAAGCGCCGCGAGUGGGAGUUGGCGCUGUUCGUCCUGAGGGAUAUGCAGCGGCCGGACAGCCGCUUGGAACCCAACACGUACAGCUACGGGAGCGUCAUCACUGUGUGCGCGACUUGCGGGGAGGUGGAUCAAGCGGUGGGGCUCUUCGACGAGAUGCCCGAGGCCGGGGUGAAGGUCGACGCCUUCACGUACAACUCCGUAGCCAUGGCCUACGCGAGGGACGGCCGGUGGCGGCAGGCCAUCUCCACGCUCUCGGACAUGUCCGAGCUGGGCCACGUGGGCGACGUUGUCAGCUACACUGCAGCGAUUCGCGCCUGCGGCUGGGCCGGAGAGUGCGACCGCGCCCUGUCCCUCCUCCGCGAGAUGCGGGAGGAGAAGGGGGUGAAGCCCAACGAGAAGACGUUCGCCGCGGCGAUCUCGGCCUGCGGCCACGGGGGGAGAUGGGAGCGGGGCCUGGAGCUCCUGUCCGAGAUGCCGCGGAGCACCGGCUUCCUCCCUGAUGCCGACUGCUACACGAGUGCCAUAAAGGCGUGCGGGAAGGGAGGGCAAUGGGAGCAGGCGUUCACCCUUCUGAGAGAAGCUGCAGCGGAAGGGACAACGCCGGAUGCGAAGACUUACGAGUUUCACCGGGUGUCCUCGCCGUCGUCGCCGGAGGUAAAGUUGAGACGGGGAGCCUUUUUUGUCGGAGCAAUGCCUUAUCCUUAA